UAGGUAAUAAAUGUGUAAAAUUAUUUUGUAUGUUUCCAAUCAAAUAUGUUGUGCAUCUUAUAUUUGGGAAGUAGAAAGUAAGAAUGUAGAAUACCAUAUUGCGUCGUAUGAAUUCGGUGCGAGUCUGGCCUCAAGAAUAUACAAACAAAAUAAUUUGUUUGGCUGAAAUCUGAAUUUUCACAAAAAUGUAAUUUCUCCGCCUUUUGUUUGACGUGUUCGUUUGUUUUGUAUUGGAAAGGAGCCUGACGUCAGAUAUGUCAAAAUCGCAAAAAAUAAAGUAACUGUUUUAGGAAGACACCACCUUUGGCUUUCGAUUCGUCUUGCAUCGUGACCAUGUAUUCUGUUACGCCAUAUGUAUUCUGUACGCCUUACUACUCUCUACUUCAUUGUGUCUUGACAUUCAAAACUCUGUUUGAAACAUUUUGUCGUGUACCACCACCCUAAAUACAUUCUCUAGAUUUGGCAAAAUUUGUAACAAUUUAUACUAAUUCAUACCAAUUACUUGAACUCCGAACACACUGAUUGUUUCAAGCGUAAUCGAACAGAACUGUUAUAUUUUGCUUAAAAUUGCUUCAAAAUAUUGAAUGGAUUGGUGUUUUUGUAAUUUGAGAUGGAUGUAAAUAUAAGCGAGUACGAAUCACAGCUCCAACGGGUAGAGCAAUCUUUACAUGCCACCGAAAACGAGGAUGAACGUAUUGCAUUAAGUGGUCUAAAGGCAGAUCUUUUGGAACUUAUCGAAUUAACGAAGCAGACGUAUGCAGCGGAACACUCCCAUAACGAAGAUGGCUGUGUCUUCAAUGAGGAACUAGAACGAUUUAAAAGUGAAAUAGCACAAUUGAAUAACGAUGGCACAAAUGGAAGCAAUGAUACAAUAGAUUGCAAAGGAGAUGAUGAAAAGCAAAUGGAGGAACUCAGGUCUAAUCUAGAAACUAUGGUCGGUCAAAAGUGUUCUGCACCUCACCAACAUACAUGGGGUGCAAUAGGUUACCAUAACGCUUUGGUCUGUGGAGUAGAUAAUUCUGCCACUAUAGACUGCAAAGGGGUAUUAAAGAUACGCUUGCGGGUACUUUUCACUAAUCCUACCCAUCGUGAGAUGUUGCCUUGUUUGUUUUACCUGGAAGGAGAAUGCCGAUUUGACGAUGAACAUUGCCACUACUCUCAUGGCGAGCUUGUAGAUGUUGAAGAAUUAAGACCUUAUACGGAACCAGAUUUUACACUUCUUGCCCGUAAUUGCGUUGUACUUGCAAAAUUACCUGAUCGCCUUUGGUACCGAGGUAGAGUACUUUGCGCAAAUUUCGUAGAAAAGCUAUGCCGAGUUCGACUUGAUAAGAGAGAUGAAAAUAAACGUGAGCGGGAUUUUUCGUUCGAAGAUUUACUUCCAAUAUUCCAUGAUGACGAUCUGUCUAGCGGAAGCUCGAGUGAAUCGAGCAACGAAGAUGACGUUGGGUAUUCAGAAGAUGUGAAAAACGCUAGACGAGCACAAUUAACAGAGCAACAAUUAUUUGAAUUUAAAUCAACACAACCGCUCGGAGAGUGGGAAAAGCACACACGGGGUAUCGGGUCGAAGAUAAUGGCCAAAAUGGGUUAUAUUCACGGGACAGGACUAGGUUCAGAUGGAGGUGGCAUUGUCAUUCCCGUCACAGCCCAAAUUUUGCCUCAAGGGUACUCGCUCGAUCGCUGCAUGGAGUUGCGAGAAGCUGCCAACGGAGAUAAAAACUAUUUCAGCGUAGAAAAAAAAAUACUGCUUCAAAAGAAAAAGCAAGAAAAAUACAACGUGAAAGCAUAUGAGCGAGAAUCUCAACGUACAGAUGUAUUUACAUUCAUUAACGAUAAUAUAUUGGGCAGAGAGACUGAAUCGAAGGAAGCAAAGAAAACGCUUUCACUAAGCAAUGAAACCACAAAAUCUCUAAAUGUGGCCAGCGUGCGAAUUGCCGACGAUAUACGGCGAAAAGAACGGGAGAUUAUAAAGUUACGACAAUCGAUGGACCGUAAUGCCAACGGCACGGAUGUUCACAAACGAUUAAAACAACAAUUACAAACAAAACUAGAGGAAUUAAAAGCUUUACAAAAAGAGGAAAAUAAGCUUUCCACAGAGCAAGCGUCAAGGAAAACAAAAAAUAAAUUAUGCAUUUUUUAAGAAACACCUGUGAAUUCCUUGAUAUCAAUAAGCAUGGCAGAAUAAUAAAAGCGAAGUAAUAAGGCAGCUUUCACUGUUCAUUUUUUGACAUUCGAUUGCCUUAUUAUUAUAAUUUAUAGGAGAUACCUAUACACAA